GUUAGUAUAGCACACCAGGACUUUGUAACCACUUGCAAGAAGCAUGGCGGCUAUGGUAGGAAGCACCACUCCUUUUGAUAGUCAAACGCAGACGUGGGAGGAAUAUUGUGAAGUGCUCGACCAUUUUUUUGAAGCUAAUGGGAUCGACGAUGCAGGUCGACGGAAAGCUAUAUUGCUCAGUUCAGUGGGCAGUCAGACUUACAGCCUCAUGCGGAACUUGGUCGGCCCCGCCAAGCCGGGAGACAAGAGCUUUGAUGAACUUGUGCAAUUAUUAAAGGAUCAUUUCAACCCCAAACCCAGCGAGAUUGUGCAGCGUUUCAAGUUUAACUCCAGAAACAGAAAGCACGGAGAAUCAGUCACGGAGUACGUUGCUGCGCUGAGGAAAUUAUCUCAAGGCUGCAACUAUGGAGACAAGUUAUCAGAGAUGAUACGAGAUAGACUGGUUUGUGGCAUCGGAGAUGAUCGCAUACAGCGCAGACUACUUUCGGAGCCAGAUUUGACCUUCGACAAGGCACUGAAGUUGGCCCAGGCUAUUGAGACAGCGAGCAAGGAUGUGAAAGACUUACAGUCUCUGGAGUUUGCACCCCCACACAUGAGGGCACCUCAGGCAGUGCAUAAGAUGUCUUCGAAGCAGACCCCCAGUAAGCAGCAGCACCAGCGGAAAGCUUGCUACAGGUGUGGUGGUGAGCAGCACAGGUCUGGGGACUGUAGGUUUAUUAAAGAAACCUGUCACAAGUGUGGUAAAGUUGGCCACAUCCAGAAAGUGUGUAGGUUUAAGGGCUCAGCUAAUAACUGGAAGGCUAGAGGGGGCGGGGUACAGACAGGAAAACAGGGGAGAACUCAGGGAGCGAAUUAUGUCAGCCAAGGGGGAGAAGAGAGGGAUGGCAUAGAUUCAGAUGAAGUCAUGUUCACAUUGUACAAAAUAGAUGAACUUGACAUACCAGCAGAAGCUCCAUUUGUAGAGACUUUGACAGUUAAUGAGACAAACACACAGUUUGAAAUGGAUUCAGGUUGUGGGGUAACAGUAGUGAACUACUCAGUGUUCAAAACCCUAGGGGGAAAAGAAAAACCAAGUCUAUGCCCAUGUCGAGUUAGGCUCAAAACAUACACAGGGCAUAAGGUCAAAGUCUUAGGAGCAGCUGUGGUUAAGGUGCAGCACAAAGGGCGAGCACUAGACUUACCUGUAGUAGUGGUAGGAGGUUCAGGCCCCAGUCUAGUAGGCAGGUACUGGAUUAGGAGGCUAGGUUUACAGUGGAGAGAAACAACCCAGGUCCAUCACGUCCAGGUAGAGACUGCAGAGGAGGUCCAGGAGAGACCAGAAACCCAAAUCCACAAUGUGGCAGAAGUGACUUUGAACGAGGUACUGGGGGAGUAUGGGGAGGUGUUUAAAGAUGAACUUGGGAGAUUUAAAGGCCCUCCAGCAAAGAUAUAUGUGGACAAGGAAGCAGCCCCCAAGUUUUUUAAAGCCCGGCCUGUCCCAUAUGCAAUGAGAGGAAGAGUGGAGGCGGAGCUUGACAGACUCCUUGCCCAGGAGAUCAUUGAACCUGUAAAACAUUCUGAGUGGGCAGCUCCUGUGGUUCCUGUGUUGAAACCUGAUGACACAGCGAGACUGUGUGGAGAUUACAAACUGACCGUCAACCAGAUUUCAAAGUUGGAGCAGUACCCGAUUCCCAAAAUUGAGGAUCUGUUUGCCACACUUUCAGGUGGACAGAAAUUCUCAAAAUUAGAUCUCAGUCACGCCUAUCACCAGAUUCCCUUGGACGAAGAAGCAAAGAAGUAUGUGACCAUAAAUACUCACAAAGGGUUGUUCACAUACAGGGUGCUACCUUUUGGCGUUUCAUCAAGCCCAGCAAUAUUCCAACGGACAAUGGAGGGACUGUUACAGGGCAUCCCUCACGUGACUAUUUUCUUGGAUGACAUCCUACUCACAGGGAAAGAUGACCGAGAGCACCUGCAGACACUGGCUACGGUGUUAAAACAGCUACAGGAGGCCGGUCUCAGACUCAAGAGGGCUAAGUGCCUGUUCAUGAAGGAGGAAGUGAUGUUCCUCGGUCAUAAAGUGGAUGCAACAGGACUGCACCCAGUACAUGAGAAGGUACAAGCAAUUAAAGAGGCACCCACACCUUCAAAUGUAACAGAGUUGAAGGCAUAUCUGGGACUGUUAAACUAUUAUAACAAGUUUCUGCCCAACCUCUCAACUGUGCUUGCACCAGUACACAAACUGCUACAAAAAGACACAAAGUGGCAGUGGGGUGAAGCACAGCAAGCUGCUUUUGACAAGUCAAAGGAAAUGAUGCAGUCUGCUGAGGUCCUCGUGCACUAUGACCCUGAGAAGGACAUUGUACUGUCAUGUGAUGCAUCACCCUAUGGAGUAGGUGCCGUGUUGUCGCAUCACAUGCCUGACGGAACUGAAAGACCCAUUGGAUUCACCUCAAGAACCUUAAACACGGCUGAAAAAAAUUAUUCACAGCUGGACAAGGAAGGACUAGCAGUGAUGUUCGGCAUAAAACGGUUCCACAAGUACAUUUAUGGAAGGAAAUUCACUAUUGUGACUGAUCACAAGCCCUUGUUGGCACUAUUCAGUGAGAUGCGAGCUGUGCCACAAAUGGCCUCACCCAGAAUACAGAGGUGGGCGGUAACCUUGAGAGCCUACGAAUACACAAUAGUGUAUAAAGAAGGGAAGUAUCACUGUAAUGCAGAUGCUCUGAGCCGCCUUCCUUUACCAGAAGUAGCAGAGGAGAAGCUUGAAGAGAGGGUUCUCAUGCUGGAGAGCUCUGACAUCACACUGGUGACAGCUGAUCAAGUGAAAGCAUGGACAGACUCAGAUCCAGUACUCUCAAAAGUGAGGGAGAUGGUACAAAAUGGCUGGUCAUCAAAAGUAAAAGGGGAGGAGUUUGCCCCCUAUGAGGUGAGGAAAUAUGAACUCAGCAUCCAAAAUGGAUGUGUGUUAUGGGGUUCGAGGGUGAUUGUGCCAAAAGCAGGACAAGAAAAUGUCAUGAGACAGCUCCAUCAGUGCCACCCAGGAGUGUCCUGAAUGAAAGCACUGGCUAGGAGUUAUGUAUGGUGGCCAAAGCUGGACAAAGAGGUGGAGGAUACUGUAAAGAGCUGCAUGACCUGUCAAGAGCACCGCAACGUCCCUGCACAAGCCCCAUUACACCCGUGGGACUGGCCUGACAAACCUUGGAGCCGUAUUCAUGUAGAUUAUGCUGGACCUUUUAUGGAGAAAAUGUUUUUUGUGCUCAUUGAUGCACAUUCAAAAUGGAUGGACGUGUAUCCAGUGAACUCUGCCACAUCAGCCACCACAAUUGAGUGCCUGCGCACCAGCUUUAGCAAUCAUGGACUGCCUGAGUUGUUGGUGUCUGAUAAUGGCACUUGUUUCACCAGCACAGAGUUCAAAGACUUUCUGAUAAAAAAUGGUAUCCGUCAUGUGACCUCUGCACCCUACCAUGCUGCCAGGAACGGGUUGGCAGAGAGGGCGGUACAAACCUUCAAGAGAAUGAUGAAAAAAUGUCCUGAGGGCUCACUGACAGCUAAAGUAGCCAGAGUGUUAUUUAGCUACAGAGUGACUCCUCACACUACAACUGGCUUAUCACCUGCAGAGCUACUUCUUGGAAGGAAGCUCCGUUGCACUCUGGACUCAAUUCACCCAGAUCUAAGCAGGAAAGUGAUGAAAAAACAAGAACAACAGACAAAAGAUCACAACAAAAAGGCAAAGGGACGCUGGUUCAAAACUGGAGACUCAGUGCUGACCCAGAAUUUCAGUCUUGGACCUAAGUGGAUCCCCGGAAUCAUUGAGUCAGUGACGGGACCAGUGUCAUACACUGUGAUGCUGGGUGAUGGGAGAGUGGUAAGGAGACAUGUGGAUCAGAUUCACACUCACCAUCAGAGACCAGAAGAACACAACAACUUCCCACAGACUGUCUCUAUUCAGCUAAGUCCGGCCAACCAAAGAAACGAAGCAUGGCUGGAAGCUGAGGAGGUGGUACUCGGUGAGGAUAAGUUGGAAGAGCCCGCAGCUACUGAAGCUGUAGGAAACUCAGAGACUAAACUAAGAACUGUGACAAACACAACUCCAGUGAGGAGACAGUCAAGAAGAGAAACCAAGUUGCCUAGUUACCUAAAGGACUUUAAAUUGAACUAA